AUGGCAAUCAGGAAUAGUAUUUGCCUAGACUCAGCAAAAAAGGAAGAGUAUUUGCCUCUCCGAACAAUCCUGGUGUUGUGGCGCGCAUUCAGUAUUGCCCUUGUUCCUCAGUUCGUUCUGCUGGCAACGACGAGGACACCGCCGCCUUCUGCCACCAUUGAAUUUUCACACGGAGGCACCUGGGGCGCGCCUGUUGGCAUGGCGCGACACCACCACCACCACUUCGUCUCCCACCUCCGAGCCUCCGCGCCGCUCGCCGACCUCCUCCGCUCCGCGCCAAGCCUGCCCGCCGCCCGCGCAGCGCACGCGCGCGCCCUCAAGUCGCCCUUCGCGGACGAGACUUUCCUCCUCAACACCCUCGUCUCCGCCUACGCGCGGCUCGGCCGCCUCCCCGACGCGCGCAGGGUGUUCGACGAUAUCCCCCGGCCCAACACCUUCUCCUACAACGCCCUCCUCUCCGCGCACGCGCGCCUUGGCAACCCCGCCGACGUCCGUGCUCUCUUCGACGCCAUCCCCGACCCGGACCAGUGCUCCUACAACGCGGUCAUCGCCGCGCUCGCGCAGCACAGCCGCGGCGCCGACGCCCUCCUGUUUUUCGCCGCCAUGCACGCCGACGACUUCGUGCUCAAUGCCUACUCCUUUGCGAGCGCCCUGAGCGCCUGUGCCGUGGAGAAGGAUCCGAGGGCCGGGGUGCAGGUGCAUGCCCUUGUUUCCAAGUCGCCGCAUGCCAAGGACGUGUAUAUUGGUAGUGCGCUCUUGGACAUGUAUGCCAAGUGCGAGGGGCCGGAGGAGGCACAGAGGGUGUUCGAGGCAAUGCCGGAGCGGAAUGUCGUUUCCUGGAACAGCUUGAUCACUUGCUAUGAGCAGAACGGCCCUGUGGGUGAGGCACUGGUACUGUUUGUCAGGAUGAUGAAUGCCGGUCUUGUGCCUGAUGAGGUGACACUUGCAAGUGUCAUGAGUGCGUGUGCGGGCCUUGCUGCGGAUAGCGAAGGACGGCAGGUUCAUGCAUGCGUGGUGAAAUCCGAUAGGUUUAGGGAGGACAUGGUGUUGAGCAACGCUCUGGUGGACAUGUACGCCAAAUGUGGGAGGACAUGGGAGGCGAGGUGUGUGUUUGACCGCAUGGCUUCCAGGAGUGUUGUCUCUGAAACAUCACUCAUCACUGGGUACGCAAGGUCUGCUAAUGUGGAAGAUGCUCAGGUGGUGUUCUCGCAGAUGGUCGAGAAGAAUGUCAUUGCUUGGAAUGUGCUCAUUGCAGCAUAUGCACAGAACGGCGAGGAGGAGGAGGCACUUAGGCUCUUUGUCAGGCUGAAAAGAGAGUCAGUUUGGCCAACACAUUACACAUACGGAAAUGUUCUCAAUGCAUGUGGCAAUGUUGCUGAUCUUCAGCUUGGUCAGCAAGCUCAUGUGCAUGUCCUCAAGGAAGGUUUUCGCUUCGACUUUGGACCAGAGUCUGAUGUGUUUGUUGGGAAUUCCCUUGUAGACAUGUACCUGAAGACAGGAUCAAUUGAUGAUGGUGUGAAGGUGUUCGAGAGGAUGGCAGCCAGAGAUACUGUGUCGUGGAAUGCCAUGAUUGUCGGUCAUGCACAGAACGGCCGUGCAAAAGAAGCACUGCAUCUUUUUGAGAGAAUGCUGUGCAGCAAAGAGAGCCCAGAUUCUGUCACCAUGAUUGGUGUUCUGUCAGCCUGUGGCCAUUCUGGAUUAGUGGAGGAGGGCCGGAGAUACUUUCGGUCCAUGACUGAGGAUCAUGGGAUAACUCCAUCUCAAGAUCACUACACAUGUAUGAUUGAUUUGCUUGGUCGUGCCGGUCAUCUAAAAGAAGUUGAGGAGCUCAUAAAGGAGAUGCCAAUGGAACCUGACAGCGUGCUCUGGGCUUCUCUGCUAGGUUCUUGUAGGCUACAUAAGAAUAUUGAGAUGGGAGAACUGGCAGCUGGGAAGUUGUUUGAGCUUGAUCCUGAGAACUCUGGACCCUACGUUCUUCUCUCGAAUAUGUACGCUGAGUUGGGGAAAUGGGCAGAUGUAUAUAGAGUGAGGAGAUCCAUGAAGAGCAGAGGUGUCAUUAAGCAGCCUGGCUGUAGUUGGAUUGAGAUAGGCAGGCAAGUGAGUGUGUUUCUCGCACGAGAUAACGGACAUCCCUGCAGGAAUGAGAUACAUGAUACCUUGAGAAUCAUUCAGAUGCAGAUGAGUAGGGUGAAUGUAGAUGCUGAAAAUGCUGAUGGCCUGAUGAAUUACAGCUCUGAAGCCUGUGGCUAG